CGGAGGCGCUAGUGUCGAUGGUCCUACCUGGAACAAGCUUCCGGCUCAGUUCCUAAAAACUCCUGAAAAUCAGCACGUAGGAUUUUACAAAAGCAAUUCAAUGUUUCAGAUGCGACUCCUUCUGUCUCUUUUCCUCCUAGUAGCCGUUUCCUGGAUCAUCCUUGACACGGUGGAUGCUAGUGGCGUGAUUCGGCAAAAAAGACAGUACUAUGGCUAUGGUUACGGUGGAUACGGCGGAUACUAUGGAUGUGGAUGUGCAACGUAUGCACCUUGCCCUCAUGGCAACGGUGGAGGUGGUUGGGGUGGUUACGGUGGCUACGGAUACGGUGGCUAUGGCGGUGGCUAUGGUGGUUACGGUGGCUAUGGAUACAAAAAGUAGAC